CGUCAUUCCCUGUAUAUAAAGCCUUUGCCACAUCCGGAGGAAUCAUUUCUGUCUUGACACUCAAACUGGGUAGAAAAUGUCACGUCCUACAGAUCCCAAUUUGACAGCAGUGUCUCUGGUGGAGAGUAGCACUCGUCCGGGGGGUGUCAAGCUGGUCAGUGCUCGUCAUGCCAACAAGACAUCCGACCCCAUGGACCUUGUGGAGCUGGCUAUGCAGGUGCAGAAGGCAGAUGAGUUUACCCGAGCUAACGCUGGGAGCAAGUUGACGGUUAUAGCUGAUCAAAUACGGUAUCUACAAGAACAGGCGAGAAAGGUGUUGGAAGAGGCCAAGAGGAAUGCCCUCCUUCAUCACGUAGCCUGUAACUUUGUGAAGAAGCCAGGCAACACAUAUUACCUGUUCGAGAGAGACUCGGGGCAGAAGUACUUCUCCAUAUUGUCACCGCAGGAAUGGGGAGCAUCAUGUCCACAUGAGUUCCUGGGAGGAUUCCGUCUGGAGUAUGACCAGUCCUGGACACCGCUAGAUGAUGUUGAGCGGCGGGGAGAAGAGAUUGCGUUGAUAGACAAAAUAUUGAAUGCACAACAGGCCAUUACUGACAGUGCCACGCCAAACUUCAGCGGCUUGACAACUCAACCAAAGCCCAGCACAGAGGCCAAGAUAACUGACAUGUCGUAGAAGGAGGACUAGGCCAUCACAACAAGCAGCUACAGAUGCCUCACAUCAGCCAUGUAACCAGAUUAUUUCCGUGACUCUGUGAUAUAGGAUGGUUCAACUGAACAUUUUAUAGAGCAUAUUGAAGCAGAGGAUUUAAACAUGUUAAACGAAGAAGAAGAAAUGGUUUAAUUGAAACAAUAGUGAAUGAAUCUUCAUAUUGAUGUGUCCAAACUGUUUGAGUUUCUAACCCUCAAAUUGUCUCUACAGUAGAUGUUUGUAUUUAUUUUGUGGAUUAUAAGUUGAACUCGCCCGAUGGAAGGAUAUUCUACAAGACUUGGUCUGCUUAGAAGUGGCUUUUGAUGCUUACUGCUAUGUUUGUUUAUUUCGUGAUGCUUCACAUGGAACUAAAUAUGCAGGCGGCCAGCUUCACAUAGAAGUGAAUAUGCAGGUGGUCAGCUUCACAUAGAACUUAAUAUGCAGGUGGUCAGCGUCACAUGGAAGUGAAUAUGCAGGUGGUCAGCUUCACAUAGAACUUAAUAUGCAGGUUGUCAGCUUCACAUAGAACUUAAUAUGCAGGUGGUCAGCUUCACAUGGAAGUGAAUAUGCAGGUGGUCAGCUUCACAUAGAACUUAAUAUGCAGGUGGUCAGCGUCACAUGGAAGUGAAUAUGCAGGUGGUCAGCUUCACAUAGAACUAAAUAUGCAGGUUGUCAGCUUCACAUAGAACUUAAUAUGCAGGUGGUCAGCGUCACAUGGAAGUGAAUAUGCAGGUGGUCAGCUUCACAUAGAACUAAAUAUGCAGGUUGUCAGCUUCACAUAGAACUUAAUAUGCAGGUUGUCAGCUUCACAUAGAACUAAAUAUGCAGGUGGUCAGCUUCACAUGGAAGUGAAUAUGCAGGUGGUCAGCUUCACAUAGAACUUAAUAUGCAGGUGGUCAGCUUCACAUAGAACUAAAUAUGCAGGUGGUCAGCUUCACAUGGAAGUGAAUAUGCAGGUGGUCAGCUUCACAUAGAACUUAAUAUGCAGGUGGUCAGCUUCACAUAGAAGUGAAUAUGCAGGUGGUCAGCUUCACAUAGAAGUGAAUAUGCAGGCGGCCAGCUUCACAUAGAAGUGAAUAUGCAGGUGGUUACUGAAGCCUGUUCAGGUUCAAGUGACAUAUGUUGCAGGAAUAUGGGGUCAUUUUGGGGGGUGGGCAAUGGGACUAAAGUACUUGAGUAAGUUAACAGUUUGACACAUUCAACAAAGAAAACUUCAGUUCCCAUCAAGUAUGGAACAUUGUUGUAUUUACUGUUGGUAAUGUUUAGAUGUUGACAUGUUUUGCAGGAGAAAACAGCUGGUGUAUUUUGAGGUCUCUCCUGCUGUGGCCUGGGUGAUUUGUGUGUCUCAGGAACAUCUGUUGAUUUGUAUAUAAGAAUCUGUAUAUUUCUCAUUGGUACACGGUGGCGAAGUCACCGUUAUUAUCACCUCCGACGUAAGAAAUGGGGAACAUUACGUAUAAAAUUCUUUACCCAAUACACAGAAAAACCCAACCAGUCUUCUGGUAACGUUUCUCAAUCAUGCUUCUGUCCUGCUGUGAGCUAAAAGUUUGUUUUUCAUUCAUUUGUAGCCUUACUAAUCUAAAAUAAAAAAUUAAUGAUAUUUUAUUUUGACCACCUACAUUGAAUUUUAGGCCAAAUUUUAAAUAAACCAACUUAUUACAAAUUUUAGACCCAGAAUAGAAAAUAUUAUCUGUUAGGAAUUAUUAUACGGGUGUAUCAGGCAAUGGCAAUGUGAUUUUGUUGAGGGAUUUCAUCAUGCCUAUAGCAUUGUUUGCUGUUUUUAUGCUGUACCCCCGGAAUGGAACUCGUGUAGGUAUUAACACUUUCAGUAUCAUUUAUUUUAAAGAUGUUGAUAUAGAAUGCAAACGGCCGGGCCCCCUUGAAUUGAGUAUGCUGGUUUGCAUUUAUUUUGUUCCAGAGUCUUGAUAUACAGAUACAUGAUCUACAGGAAUUGUGUCGGAUAAUAUCACAUUUCAUUUUCAUAUGAAUAUAUUCAUAGUGGUUAUAGCCAUGCGUAUAAUAUCCAGACAAUGUCAAGUUCUUGUGAAUAUGUCAUGGAUCUAGAUUUGUUGACAUUCUUAAACUUAUUAUGUUAUGUAUAUACGAGUAAAUAAACCGUUUAUUUUAUUUUAGUGGAGUCAUGAUGAUGUUGUUAAUUAUCUGUUCCAUUAAAGGGGCGCUGAUCUAAAGCAAUUCCCCGGGACUGGUU